GUCAUCGGCAAACGUCCUAGCCUCUGCUUAAACGUGACCUGGAAGCAUGACGUUCGUCUGUUCUACAUGUAAGGUGGAUGUUCCUGUGGAUGAAAAGGUGAGCCACGUCAGAAGUGACUGGCAUGUCUAUAACCUAAAACGCGUGGUAUCUGGUCUCCCACCGAUAUCUCAAGAAAUAUUUUUGCAUAAGAAACAACUGAUCGAUUCCGAAGUACCAGAAGUUAAGAGGGAAACUUAUUGCAGUGCCUGCAAAAAGUGCUUCUCAAACAGCAAGUCUUUUGAUGCACACUUGACAUCAAAGCGACAUCUUCACAACAGUAGCUUUUGUCGGAGGGAACAUCCGGCUACUGAUACAACUGAGUCCACUGCAGAAAAUAGUCCUCCACAGCCGUUACCACUUGGAUCCUGUUUAUUUUGCGAUCGAAUUGUGUCGCUGAAUUCUCUGCCGAAUGAAUCACUCGAUAAAACGCAACAGAUUGAAUUAGCUAAACGUGUUUUAAAUCACAUGUUUGAUGCACACAAAUUCACUGUCCCAUUUCCCGAGAAAUUAACUGAUCCUGCUGGAUUAUUGAUUGAAUUGGGACGAAUAGUUGGAGAAGAGCGUGCAUGUCUAUUUUGUGGUCGUCAAUUCUAUGGUAGUCGUGUAGAGAAAUCAAACAAUGCGCAAAUCUCCUUGUCCGCUGUUCGUAAUCAUAUGCUAGAUAAACCUGGUCAUAAACAACUUUGGUGUGGUACAGAAGAUCCUGUUCAAACUGCAUUAUUGAUAGCUGAAGCUGAAGAAGAAGAAUCAGAUGAGGAUUCUGCGGAGAACUAUCCUAAAGUCGGUCUUGCAGGUGGUGAGCUAUUCAGCCAGUUUUACGAUCAGUCUGUUGUUGUUUCGCCUUUCUUACUGUCAGACGAUGAAGAUGUCUACGAAGUACGACUACCCUCUGGUACUGUACUUGGUCAUCGAAAAAUGAAAACAGUCUACAAACAACACUUGAGCAGCACAAGUAGUAUUACGACAAGCACCAACAAUAAUGCAGCAUACUUGACAAAUCAUACUGGUAACAAUCAAAAAACCGUUUCUAUUCUACAAAAUUCAGAUUUAAAAAUAUCAUCAGCUCAGAAAAGAGAUAGAGCCGAUUGUGGAAGACACUUAAAUGACCAACGAAAGUAUUGGGAUUUAACAGUUGGCCUGCAAAGCAAUCUCUGCAGUCGUAUGCGUCUACGAAGGCCAUAUUAAAAUCAAAAGAUAGAAAAAAUCUUGAUCAUCAGCUAGCUAACUAACUGACUAACUUGUCUGAUUUUUGGGAGUUCUCUCUUCAUAUGCUUUUCUUUCAAUAUUGUAUUUAUUAGUUUCUAUUUACGUAUAUUGAAAAAUCUUGUGAUCUGUCGUCAG